AGAAGAACAAGAACAACCCGUGUAAAAAACAUGAACAUCCGGCGGCAUCAUCACCUCUGAGAACGUUUAGUUAGCUAGUUGUGCCUCGUAUUUUAUUUUUGUUCAUUUCACACAGCGACAAAAAUGCCAACACUGUGUUCAGCAUACAACUGCAAAAAUCGCGGUCCCAAAGCUGAUGUAGGAUUUUUUAGUUUCCCCAAAAAUGACCCUGAAAGACGCAAGCGAUGGAUUAUUAAUAUGAAGUGGAAAGACUGGAAUCCGCAACACCACCACCGUGUGUGCUCCAUUCACUUUGAAGACAAGUACAUUUGCCGGAUGGACAAACGUCAACGUCUCACGCCAGACGCAGUCCCGACCAUUUUUGACUUCCCAGAGAACUUUCAAAAGAAGAAGGCAUCCAUCCACCCACAGAGUAGAAGAGCCAGGAGUGAUGGGUUGCCAGAGAAGUAUACUGCUGCCCAUGCUGUUACAGUGGCUGAACCGGUCACAACACCAAGCCCCACCAUCACAUCAGAGACGAGCAAGCUGGCUAAAGACAAUGCUAAAUCUCCAGAAAAAGUUACCUCUUCAAGUUGGUAUAUCCAUGUAGAUGAAGAAAUCCAAAUGGCUGAAUCCCUCCCAGGUUUCUUCCACAGUGAUUACUGUCUACCACACAGUAUUCGCUGGGGAUUCAAAGAUGAUGUUGCCCCGAAGGUGGCAUGUGAGAACAUGGAGUUCCAACUUCCACCCCUCAAGCACAUAAUAGAGAUCACAGAGGCAUGGGAGUGGCUGGGUAUGGACAUUAGAGGACCACUGCCCCUAACACCGAACGGACACCAGUACGUUCUGACCUUGACAGACUUCUACUCCAAAUGGGUGGAGGCCUUCCCCCUGAGAGGUUGUAGCUCUACUGAGGUAGCACAGCAUGUAGCUGAAGUCAUCUCUCACUUUGGCUUCCCUUUUGGAAUCCUUGUUCGACUAAAGAGGAAGUUUACCAGUAAGAUCAACCUUGCCUUAAACAGUCAUCUGAAGCUGAGGGGGUUCUCUCUCUUAUACCGUCAUCGGCAAGUUGGAUCACUGGAUCUGGCCACACAAACCCUGAUCAGCAGGAUGGUGUCUGAUCUUGUGAAGGACCAUCCAGACAACUGGGAUGUCUGCCUCCCUGCAAAGGUGUUCAGCCUGUGUUUCAAGGAGCACCCCAAGACCAAGCAGAGACCUUUCUCUCUGCUGUGCUGCAAAGGACCACAGCCAGUCACCACCCCUAGGGAUCUGUCUUUCAGUCCUGCAGAGCUCAGAGAGAGUUCCUUUGCAAUCCAGUCCAAUCAAGAGGGUGGUCAUGACACUGAUCCGCAAGACAUGGUUGGCAUUGAUUCUGGAAAGGAAACAGCUGGAAAGAGCACUAUUACCAGGGUCUCCUUUUUAAGGAGCAACACUGAGAGUAACAACACUGACGGUAACACAUAUGGUCACCCCGACGGUCUCACGGACGGUAGCACGGACGCUAACCCCGACGGUAGCACGGACGCUAACCCCGACGGUAGCACGGACGCUAACCCCGACGGUAGCACGGACGCUAACCCCGACGGUAGCACGGACGCUAACCCCGACGGUAGCACGGACGCUAACCCCGACGGUAGCACGGACGCCAACAGUGAGCGGUCCUCUGAAGAACAUCAUGCCAUGGAAAACUGAAUAAUUGAUUGGAUGAGCGCUCUAUCGGGGGUGUAGUUUUUAUUUUAUCAUUUUGUUUAGAAACACUUCUUUUAUGGUUGUUUGGCUGGUGUACUGCGUCAUGAUUGUUACACAGGAGGAGGAUAGGAGUUUAUGAACCAACUGGAUAAAUUAAAUUCAGUCAACACAUGCAUAGCAGCAUAGAUGAUGGAACAGUGAUACGCUUAUCCUAAAAGCAAUUUCUUUAUUUUACCCCGUAAAUUUUAUUUUUUCCCCCAGUAAACGAAUCCAAACAUGCGUUAUUGUAGUACAUUAUUGUAGUAUAGAAAAUUUCACCUUACAUUAUUGUAGCAUAUACUGUAGAUAUUUUCACCUUACUUGAUCUUGGAAAAAAUCACUUGGAUGCUCCUCCAAGUGGUAGUUAGUAGUAGGAAAUGUAUCAUCCCUGAGCUCUGACUUCUCCCACAUGCUGACCUCUGACGUCAUGUACUAAGGAAAUUACUUCCAUAACAGCAUUUUCAGCAGUUAAAUGCAACUAAACAUUAUUUAUAAAAAGCAAUCUUGUUAUUGUUUUUGAACACAUGUUCAUGUUCACUUGUUUACAAUCAUGGUAGCUGUACAUUGUUUAUGGUUGACGCAGUUUGUUGGCCAUUAGCCAAUCGGCGAGUUCAAAGCUUGUGAAUGUAUCGAACUGGUAAAUUACUACCUUCCCCAAUUGGUUAUGAACGUAGGAUUAUUAAAGGAAUGUUUUUUUAUGCCUUGAA